AUGGCGCCGAAAGCUAUCCGGAAAGCCAUUCCGUCUAAAAACGGUGGAUUUGCAGCAGUGAAAGAUUUUGUAGCUGACUUUUACAAAAAUCCUAUGAAAUGGUAAGCGUAUUGAAGCUUAUGUAAUCGUUAUUUUCUCUUUAUCUAGUGAUGUGACCGUAAGAAACGGCUUGAAGUAAUAAGCAAGGAAUGUUCACGAGGAAAGCACGUUUUGUGGUCGAGCUAUGUGCGUCUCCGGCCUGUUUUGUUUGAGUGGGUUUUGCGGGUCACGACGCGGCCAUUAUCACGCGACCUGGAUAAGGGCCGAACUUUUGGUUGAAUAGCGUGUAAGGAAAAUGUUAAAUUAUAUGUAAUUUUGACGAUGGGUAAUUGUCAAAUUUCUCCAUUUUGAAUUGCGGAUGACUGAGCGGUGCGAUGUAUUCUUUGAUAAAUCUUUUAAAUCGCAUCUUUUUCCCAGCCAAUGAGAAAGCAACACUUAAACAAAACAGCCGAUCAGAUUUCAGAUUUCCAGCCAAUGAGAAAGCAACAUUGAAACAAAAUAGCCAAUCAAAUUUCAAGGCUUGUUCUUGGAAGGCCAGCAUGAUCACCAAGGGCACUAUGCCAUCCUGGAAGCAGGGGGGUGGGGAGGGGGUGUGAAAGGUGAAGUCUCUCUUUCUCCUUCUUACCAUUUAAAACUAGGGUAAUCUUUUGUGUAAGCCAGAAAUGGAUCGUAUUCUUGGUCCCUGAUGUAUAAAGGUCACAUGACAUGCACUACUUUAUCUGCCAGUAGUGUGAUCUAACUUUUGAACAACCAGGGCCAGGAGUAUUGAUAUUCCUUAAAUGGGGAUGAUGGAACAAGACUUCAGUUACAUGAGGGAAGAUGUGAGGGAGGCUAAGUGGUAGGUUUCAGAGGUGGAAGUUUCUGGAUGUGAGGUCAUGUUUUUUUGGCCAACCCCACCCCCUCCCCUUUCAUAAAACCAGCAUGGUUGGAAAGGACACCAUUUAUUCCAAGAUUGGAGGGGAGGGCAUUCCAUUUUCCCUUACAUUGUUUUUAGGUAAAAAGUCUUUCUAUAAUGCAUUAAGAACUAAGAACUUGCUGCCUCUCAUUGAUUCCACAAAGAUUUUCAUUUGUUUUUUUUUUUUAACAAGCUGAGUUAAUAUCAGAAAAUACAUCUCACUCCUAUUCUUUUCCUUAUUCAAGGCAGCUGAUAAAACACACUGCAAUAUUCAUCCUAGCUGUGGCAGCUGCAAGAGAACUUUCAGACAUUGAUCUCAUGGCCCCUGUUCCUCCUCCUUCAUAG